UAAAUGAAAAUAGGAAUUUUUAAAGAAUUUUGAAAACAGAAAGAAAUGAUAAUUAUUCCGGACUAGCUUCAUCAACAUUGAUAACUGUCCCCGGCAGCAAGUAGUCAACUGCUUGAGCAACGAUGGGGUGAUGGUCAGCGACUGUCACAAGGAUGAAGAAGUGAUAGUCCGGAGAUGGUGUAAUUCUGUGCUGUUCUGAUGUUCGCAUCUCACUGGUUCUGAGUUGGUGGAUUUGUUGGGCACAAUCACACGACAGUGGAAAGUUUCAGAAACACAAUGUACCGUGUAAGAAGAAAAGAAAAUACACUCGGGAAGUAAAUAUUCAAUAAAUGUGAACAGGCAAAAGUAUAGUCCCCCAGUUCCAUUACAAACGGAGAGAGCAAACCAAACUUAUCCACUUGUCUGAUCCGUCAAAGAUUCCAUUAAAACAGUUACCCUGCAUAGAAAUGGGUCAAACAGUCCACUUUGUUGCAUAUGGGAAAAGUCUUUCAUAAUUUCUCAGAUACAGGUGCAUGGUACUCAUUGCAGCUUUUCACGGAAACUAUGCUAAAAGUAACUCAUAGGAAAUUCCCAUUGAAAUUCAUGCUAAUUGAAUGUCGAAAUAUUUCACCAAAUAUUUCUUUCCACAAAUUCUUGUUCAUUACAUUAACCCAAACCGGGCAAGUCAACAUGAGAGCAAAAUACUCUAAUGCAAGGGGGUGCUCUUCAAAAUCUGCAUCAUUCUGGUGCCAAUCUCACAGUAAAGUUUCCACCAGAAUAAAGGUUAAGUUGUGGGAAAACACCUUUACAGCACCUGCACUAAAGCUAACAUUGCUUCCAAAUGUUUAUUCAUCAUAAUACAUCCAAGAGCAAAUGUCAAGAGAAGAGUUACCCACACGCUGUGUUACCCAGAGUAUGUGACACAACCUCCAUCCGUCAUUGUCUAAACAAAGACGCCAUGUUUGCAAAAUCAAGGCACAUUUUCUUGAAAUUAUUUAUUUUUAGGAAAUGGCGGCACCUCUAAUUCUUUUUGUCCUAAUUCCAAAUGCUUAAUAAUUCAACCAAGCAAUAUUCGAGGUUACAUUGAUAUCACGAAACAAGUUGCGUAUCCGAGUUGGUAGAUUUGUAGGGCAAAACUAUAAAGUGUUGGAAAGUUUUGGGAACAAGCCACGGUCACACAGUUGUGUCCCACUUUCCUACCAACUGAAGAUUCUAGAACAAAGGCAGGCCAAUGUGCAGGUGAUUCAGUCCAAUAUCCUUACUGCAUUCCUCCAAAAGCCGCCAUGUUGUUGCCCCUGACAACCAUCAGAUGAAUAUUCAAACUCUUUAAACACGAAUUAACACACUGAAAGAAACAUCUGAAGUGUAGACAAUAACAAAUGGUUAUAGGACUUUCAAUCAUUAACCUCUACAUGAUUAAAAAAUUCCAAAUUACCAUCCUUACUAAAUCAAGUAAGCAAUUUUUAAGAUUACAUAAAUACCAGAAAACAAAUUGAAAUUGUGUACCUGAUUUGAUGGAUUGUUAGGGCUCACCCAUGCAGCAGUGUAAACUCUUGGUACAAGCCACCACCAAGUGGUGGCGCCCCACUUACCCUCCAACUGAAGGUUCCAGAACAAAUGUAGGUCAACAUACUUGCAAUAUACAUGUACAUUACUCACAUGGCAUUGAAACUGUACGGUAUGCAUGCAUGUAUGUACAUUUAGGCCGUCAAUGAAGCUCAUCUCAAGUUCCAACAUUGUACAUGUACAUGUGUAUUUUGCAAGUUUUGUUAAAACUCUGUUGCGAAAUGUGUUUCAGAAAUAUUUUCUGCUACUGUCAUAUUGCAUCACUGCAUUACACAAUUGUGUAGUUGCGCAUUGAAACCUGAAAUGUACAUCCAUACAGAUCUCAUUUAAGUUUGGAAUGAAUUAAGAAUUGUUUUAAAUUUUGAAAAAUGAUAUUCGGGGGGGGGAGAUUGCUGUUUCUUUGAAUGCUGCUCAGUUCCAGAGGUACUUGAAUCCCAGUGAUUACAUGCCUAUUUCAGGAAGGAGCACAAUUGCUGAAGUGGAAAAGGGUGUCCAGCACAUUCUAAUUGACAUCAUCGCCAAAGACAGCAAAGUAGUGAACAGUCUCCGAAAUCUCGUGAGGCAUGCCUACGUUACCGUCCAGACGACCCUGAGACAACUCACGGAAGAAAAUGAAGUCAACAGAGACACCUACUCGCUCUAUUUUGAUUUUUCUGCAUCAACGAGAUCAAUCAAACCUCACCAGGUGCUUGCCAUAAAUAGAGCCGAGGGGCAGAAAGUCUUGUUGGUGAAAUUGGUCAUCCCAACCAGCACCGUGGCCGGCUUCAAGGCAUCCUGCCAAGGGCAGUGGGUGCCCAGGAGAGGCUGCCCGGAGCUGGUGGUCAAGCUGUUUCAGGCAGCCAUCGAUGAGGCCUGCAGUAAGCGCCUACUGCCCAUGAUUACUAGAGAAAUCAGAUCCAAUUUGACCAAGUCAGCCGAGAAGGCGUCCGUGGACGUCUUUGCCCAGAACCUGCGCCGUCUCCUCCUGACCCCGCCCGUAAGAGGAAAAGUCGUCAUGGGGAUUGACCCCGGCUACAAACAUGGCUGCAAGGUGGCUGUCACGUCCUCCUUAGGUCAGGUUCUCGAGACUGGUGUGGCAUAUCUCCAUGGCAACAGAGGCCGGGAAGAAUCCAAAAAGAUUGUAGAAAUGGCAAAGAGACACGGGUGCGAAACUCUAGCCUUGGGCAAUGGCACAGCCUGCAGGGAGACGGAGAGCAUCCUGUCCAAGCUCAUCACCACCAAAGCCUUUGGUCACCUCAACGUUAUGUAUUGCAUUGUGAAUGAAGAUGGUGCGUCCGUUUACAGUGUGUCGCCUGAGGCCCAGAAGGAAAUGCCUAAUCUAGACCCUAACCUCAGAAGUGCUGUAUCCAUUGCAAGGCGACUCCAAGAUCCGCUUGUUGAACUUGUCAAGAUAGAGCCCAAACACAUUGGGGUGGGCAUGUACCAGCAUGAUAUUCAUGACAAGUUUCUGAAGGAGGCACUUGACGGCGUGGUGGAGGAGUGCGUCAGCUUCGUGGGCAUUGAUCUCAAUGUCUGCUCCGAAAGCCUUCUAAGGAAAAUAGCCGGCUUGAAUGUCACAAGGGCUAAGAAGAUCAUUGAGUACCGGGAGAAGAACGGCAGGUUCACAAACAGAGAGCAGCUCCUUGAGAUCAAGGGACUCGGACCAAAGACCUACCAGCAGUGUGCAGGAUUUGUCCGAGUUCGGCCAGGGCCCACCAACUCCAGCACACAGAGUUCAGUCACAGAUCCGACUACCAGUGAUGACACGGUCACAAGAGCUGGAUCAAAAAGAAAAGCUGUCGGCAGCGGAAGGGGCAAUGCGAAAAAGAGGAAGACGGACGUAGCGCCAAAUCCUUUGGAUAUGACCUGGAUCCAUCCUGAAUCGUACCACAUCGCAAACAAGGUUCUCGCAAGGGCUGAUGCCUGUGCCAGCGACAUUGGGACCGCAGUUAUGAAAACCAAAGUCCAAAAGUUACUGCAAGCUACAAGCACAGGGAAACUCGCCAAGGAUCUGGAUGUCGGUGAACCAACAAUGAAACUGAUCCUAGAUGGUCUCCAGCAACCGAUGGGCUAUGAUAUCAGGGCAGAAUAUGACAAACCCCUGUUCAAGCAAAACCUGCAAUCCAUUUCGGACCUCAGCAGUGGCCAGGAGCUGACGGGCCGUGUCACCAAUGUGACCCACUUUGGAGCUUUUGUGGACAUCGGGGUGGGGCGCAAUGGGCUCAUUCACAUCAGCAAGAUGCGGCAGGACUUCCUCAAGCAGGGCCAGCCCCUGGGCCCUGGGGACAAGGUGGUGGUGCGGGUGCUGUCCAUUCAGAGGAGCGAGGAUGAGUCCAAGGCACGGAUCGGGCUUGAGCUGAGCCGACCGGUGCAGUAAGGGUACGAGUGGUCAUAUCCAUCACCCCUCAUGAACACUGCAGCUGAGACCGCAUCAACAGUUCCUGUUCAUUGCAAUUGUUGGGGUUUGACUAUAGUCCUGCCGAAGAUGAGGAGUCAGUCGUCGUAACACCCUCUCCUGAGAUAGAGACAAACAAUGGAGAUCAGUUUCGACACUGCCAACAACAUUAAACGUCAAAGUGCAUAUUUUUAUAUCUUGUUUUGUUGCGUAUUUCGUAGCUCAUGGUUCUGCACAAAUCGUUACCAUUCCAGUUUCGGUUAACAGUUGAGAAGUGUCUUGUAGAUUUGACUGCCUUGUCACUUGUUGUUAUACUUCUCUUUGCAGAGAGCUCAUUCGUUCCCCCCCCCCAUCAGCCCAAACGUAGGACUGCGUGCGGCUGGAGGUAUUUUUGCGACAGGGAAACAUGUUUGUACAAUUUUGUGUGAGAAAAGAGAAAUAACAUGGCCCAAUUUCAUGGCGCUGCUUACCGCCAAGUGGAAAAUUGGCACUUACCGUAGCAGAAAAUUCUGUGCUUAGGGCGAACGUAUUUCACGAGUUAGCGAGGAAUUUUUCUGCUCGCGCGGUUAGUGCAGAAUGGAGAUCGUAAGCACAGAAUACUGUAUUAAGCAGCACCAUGAAAUUGGGCCCUGGUUUUCAUACUCGGACUCAAAACGAAAGGACAACGUGACAAAACAAUUAUGGGAUUAUGCCAAAGCCUGAGCUAUUUUAUUCAACCAGAUACUAGAGUAGGCAUGCGGGUGUACUGUCAACAACAAAACUUGGCAUUGCGAGCCCCAACGACACAAGGAGGCAGUGCCAGUGUGGGCAAUACCACAUGCCCAAAGCUCACAUGCACAUGAGCCAAAACCAUUUUCUGACCACAGUUUCACACUUACAAUAACCUGUGACCGCUUCCCACUGAUUUUAUAUUCAGUCAGGAAAACAUAGCCUCGUGAUACUUUCGAGUGCUAUGGCGAACGCAUGUAAUUGUCUUACAAAAUGGUAUGUUCAAAACAUAGCCUCCUGAGACUUUCAGGCGCUAUGAAACAAUUUAACUUACAGGCAUAUUUAUUAAUAUGAAGUGGCUUCCAUGCCCAAAUUAACAGAAAAAUUGUUUUACUGGCUGUCUGCAUCCGCAAUAAUUGCCUUGUAACCUUGACCAAAUGACCCUCAGGUGGAGUUACGGGGUGGAGGUGGGUGAACAGAUCGAGAGCAAAAAGUAAGCUGUUGUUAAUCUCUGAGUGGCUGUGACAAAAUGGGCUUACCCUGUAUUUUAGCACAAAUUCAGUAACGGCUGAUUGGAUAGAAGUUAUCCCAGGGCAAUUCAACAGGCCUGGGACUUUUGUUCUUGCUUAAUUAUCCCUUAAAAGGCCAUAGCCUCCUCAUGCUUGUAAUAAUUGCUGACCAAAGCUGUUCAAAGGAUUGGACAAUAAACAUGUGCGAAAGACAGCAAGCUAUGAAAUUGCUGUAAUGCUGAGUGUGAUACCUUUUACCCUGCAUGGUGGUAAAAGGAGUUUCAUGCAGAGAAAAUAAUUUUUGUAUUUGUUGCAUCCAGUGUUAUAGCCAGCCAUAUUCUAGUUCAGGACAAUUUAGUAAUGGCAAAGGGAGGGAAUGAAGUGAGCGGAGUCUUGCGGGUCACAGCUGGGGGUCCUGGGGACUCUAGAUCACGUUUUCAGUGAGUUUUCCUUUCCAAAUUGAUUAAGAGUUCAAAUUUUUUUAAUUCUUCCAGGAAUAUAAUAUGAAAUUUUCAUAGUGGCCAGUGUUUUUUCUUGGAUUUUUACGGAUUUUAGUGACGGUCAGUGGGCUGUUUCAUCAAGCUUAAUGCCAGACGGUAGAACACUGUGGUGGAGAUCCCCGACUGGUGCCCACCGGCGUAGCUAUAACACUGGUUGCGUCCCCUCUGAAGAGUACAUUCCCUGUGCUUUCCUUGAAAUUCCUCUUCGGUAAUCAUUAAAGAAACCAACUCAUUGAAUGUGGUUACGAGUCUGAAUAACACCUCUUAGUUUAAAAAGGA